AAAACAAAGGAAAAAGUCACCUGGGCUUAUACAGUAUUUUCCAGGCAAAUAGGGAAUGUUUUCUGUAAGGGAGGUGCCACUAUAUUAGAUAUGUAAGGGCUUGGCUCAGAACCAUGGUUUUGGAGCAUAGUUACCCUUCAUUCACUUUUACUGAUUAACAAGUCAGAGCUUCAUUGCAUGAGACAGGAAUGCAGAUACUGUAACGUCUUCCAGACACUGGGGUUCUGGGCAUUUCAUUAGAGUGAGGGGACACAGGUGGAAUACCCACUGGUCAAGAUGGACACGUCUACCCCAACAACACAGCGGAAAGGGAUGUUUGGUAUUAAGAAGAAAAAGAAAAAGGCUGACAAGGGCUUAGUCUUUGCAAAUAAGGGUGCUCUGGAUGGCAGUGAAACAGACGUCACUCCAGAAACCCCUGCGCUGGCUGGAGCAGGUGAAACAGAAGAUGGCAGUUUGGCUGGCCCUUCGGGAACCCCCAGAAAACCAAAAAUCAGAAAAAGAUCCAAGCCCGUAAACAAAAUCCAUGACAGUGAGAGUAAACCGCAGUCAUUCCAGAUUUCCUUUAACAUCACAGAGGCUCGACAGCUGGUGGGAGAGAACAUCGACCCCUGUGUAGUGAUUGAAGUCGGAGAGGAAAAGAAGCAAACGACAGUUAAAGAGGGGACCAACUCCCCAUUUUACAAUGAGUAUUUCGUGUUUGACUUCUUUGGCCCUCAAGAAACAUUUUUCGACAAAGUCGUCAAGCUCUCAGUUAUGCAUUCCAAAAUUAUGCGAAGCUUCACUAUUGGAUCUUUCAAACUGGAUGUAGGAACUGUUUAUAGCCAACCAGGUCAUCAGUUCUCCAACAAGUGGGCCAUGCUCACCGACCCUGUGGACAUCCAGACAGGGGUGAAAGGAUACCUGAAGUGUGAUAUUAGUGUGACGGGGAAAGGAGAGACAGUGCAGCCCAUGCAGAAAGCCAGUGACGCAGAAGAGCAGAUCGAAAAGAACCUGUUGGUUCCUAAAGGCUUCCCCUCUGAGAGGCCCUGGGCCAGGUUCUAUGUGAAAGUCUACAGGGCAGAAGGCCUUCCCAGAAUGAAUUCCAGCAUCAUGGCUAACGUGACCAAGGCUUUCAUCGGAGAAAAUAAGGACCUCAUCGAUCCCUACGUGGUGGUUACGUUUUUUAACCAAAUGGGCCGAACGUCCACUCAGAAGAGUUCUGCCGAUCCCGUGUGGAACGAGCAGAUUGUCUUCAAGGAGAUGUUUCCUCCUCUGUGCAGGAGGCUCAAGAUUCAGGUCUGGGAUGAGGGCAGUAUGAACGAUGUGGCUGUGGGAACCCACUAUAUUGAUCUAAAGAAAAUAUCAAACGAGCAAGAUGGGGACAAAGGAUUUCUACCCACGUUUGGCCCCGCGUGGAUCAAUCUUUACGGCUCCGCCCGCAACUUCACCCUCAUGGACGACUUUCAGGAGCUGAACGAGGGUGUGGGAGAAGGGGUGUCCUUCAGGGGCCGUCUGUUCAUAGAGCUGGCGGUGGAGAUCCUGUCGGGCGCGGCCUCAGAGUCCAAGCUGUCCAAAAUAGCCAAAGACCUCAAGCUCGCGGCGAAAACGCCGAAAGCAGCUGGGAAAGAGCAGAAAACGCCGCCCACGGCUGAGGAGACGAAAGCGGCGACAGAGAAGAGCACAGCCCUGGGGGCGGAGGUGACUCCAGUGGAAUCGCCCGCUGAGAUUGACAAAGACAGUAUGGAAAGCUACCUGCUCUUUGGGUCUGUAUUUGAGGCUUCAAUGAUUGAUAGGAAGAUUGGGGACAAGCCUAUCAGCUUUGAGUUUACAGUUGGAAAUUAUGGAAACUUCAUCGACGGAGCCUCUCCAAUCCACGCAGGGAGAAAGAAAGCUGUGGAGCAUGGAGACCCAGAAAAAUCUCCUCUCCUGUCAUCCAGAGAGCCUGAGCGACAUCUGGAAGCCCUACCCUGCAAAUCUACAACCGUACCAGAGAGGCCACAGCUGAUGGAGGGAAACAGACAGUACUUCUUUCUGCCACACUUAAAUAAGAAGCCCUGUGUACAUAUUGUCAGUGAAUGGGAGGAUCAGACAUUUCGUCUGUACUACUCAAACGUGCUGGAGAAUAUUGCUGUUGCUUUUGAAGAAGGCAUAGAAGAGGUGAAAGAAAUGAACAGGCUGUCCGAUCCUAAAGCAGAUGAACAAAUGCUAAGUGUCCUUCAAGAAUUUGUCAGUCGCAGCAGAAACUUCAUUGCUUUUGCUGAGAAGAAAACAAAAACAAACAACUUAACCAUGCUGGACAAGAAGAGGCUAACGCUGUGUAAACAGGAGUUGGAAAGUAUGACAAAUGAUGUGCAGUCCAUCUCUGAGCAGAAAAGGAAAAGAUUGACUUUGAAAGAGAUGAUUCAAGAAGCACAGAAAUUCACACAAAGACUUACGUUUCUUGUGGAAGAGCCUCAGCACACGAUCCCUGACAUUUUCGUCUGGAUGCUAAGCAACAACAAGAGAGUGGCCUAUGCUCGUAUCCCUGCCAGAGACCUCGUCUACUCUGAGUCCGACAACGAAAGGGGGAAGGACUGUGGAAAAAUCAAAACCCUUUUUCUCAAAAUGCCAGGGAAACGAGUAACUGGCUGGACAGUUCAGGCCAAGUUAGAUGUUUUCCUGUGGCUGGGACGCUGUAAGGAUUCCCAUGUCAUGCUGGAAAACCUACCAGAGGGAUAUGAACCCGAAGGUCUCACUGCGAGUUCCGAACACAUCACCAUGCCCUUGCCCGACUUCCUGGUUUAUAAAACUCAGAACAUAUUCCAGCUCAGAGCGCAUAUGUAUCAGGCCAGAGGGUUGAUUGCUGCAGACAGUACAGGAUUGUCUGAUCCUUUUGCAAAAGUGUCCUUUGUGUCUCAGAGUCAAACGACAAUGAUUAUCAAUCAGACGUUGACUCCUACCUGGAACCAGAUGUUGCUUUUUAACAACAUCGCUCUUCACGGAGAGUUGAAAGAUAUCACUGAGGACCCUCCCAUUGUGGUCAUAGAGCUGUACGACGACGAUGCCUUGAGCAAGGCAGAGUACUUGGGCUCCACGGUGGCAGUGCCUGGUGUUAAGCUCGCGGGAGAGAAUUACAUCCCUCCACAGCUCCAGUACUGCCCUCUGUUCUGCGGCAGUCAGUCAGGAGGGGAUCUGCUCGCAGCCUUUGAGCUAAUUCAGAUCCCAGAAUCUGGUGAGGAAACCGUUCCUCCCAUUGAUGCGCCAGAUGGAAAUAUAUAUCCAGUCCCUGCAAAUAUCCGCCCAGUGUUGAGCAGGUAUAGACUGGAGGUGUUGUUCUGGGGCUUGAGAGAACUCAAGAAAGUCCAGCUUCUCUCCGUGGACAGACCUCAAGUUUUUAUCGAGUGUGCGGGGAAAGGAAUCCGAUCUUCAGUCAUUCAGAGUUAUAAGAGCAACCCCAACUUCACAAUGCUUGUGGAUGCUUUUGACGUGGAGCUUCCAGAAAACGAGCUCCUGCACCCUCCUCUCAGCAUCAGCGUGGUAGACUGGAGAGCGUUCGGGCGGAGUACGCUGGUAGGGAACCACGUCAUCAACAGUCUCAAACAGUUCAGCUACAAACCUCCACGCCUGCCCCCAGCAGCAGUCCUAAAGAAGGAACAAAGGCCACAAGAAGCUGUGCCUGUCGCCGAGAGCAGUGCAAUUGAAGUUUCUCCAUCAGAGGGCGUCUAUAUCAACAUUGAACCAGAAUCAGCACCAAAACCUGAAAAGUCUCAGGAGAAAGAGGUGGACCCAGCAAAAAAGGCCGGACGAAAGACGACUAGACGGUCGACAAAGAGGCGAAAACGCACCGUGGCCGACGAAAGUGCUGAAAACGUCAUCGACUGGUGGUCCAAAUACUACGCAUCAGUGGAGAAACUUAAACAAGCAAAACAGAGGGAGGCACCUGAUACGCUAAAUUUAUAUGACAAUGUAUCUCCACUGCACAGCUUGCUUUCGGACGGAGUAGACUCUCUGGUGAGCGGACAGUCUGAACAGUAUGCUUUGGCCUCAAGAGAUGGAGACAAGAAGAAAAAAAUUGUCAAGUUCAAAGGAGCGCAGGAUCAACCUAAACUGGCCACCUUACAGAUAUACGAUAAAGAGCUGGAAGCUGAGUUUGGGCCGUUUGAUGACUGGGUGAACACCUUCGAACUGUAUCGCGGGAAAGCCAGUGAGGAUGAAGGCACGAGCGACGAGAGAGUGGUGGGAAAAUUUAAGGGCCGGUUUUGUUUAUACAAGCUCACCGAUGAAGAUGACGACGAGAUCGACCAUGACCCUGGUCAGUUCAAGAUCACCCAGGCCGUCCCACCUAAUCACCCUGUGAAAGUCCUGAUCCGUGUCUACAUAGUGGCAGCAUUCAAUCUCCACCCAGCAGACCCAGAUGGCAAAUCAGACCCUUACAUUGUACUAAGGCUGGGGAAAACCGAGAUCAAGGAUCGGGAUAAUUACAUCCCAAAGCAGCUGAAUCCCAUCUUUGGAAGAUCUUUUGAGAUCCAAGCUACUUUUCCCAUGGAAUCCUUACUGUCCAUAUUAAUAUAUGACUACGACAUGGUAGGGGGAGAUGACCUGAUUGGAGAAACUAAGAUUGACCUAGAGAACAGAUUCUACAGCCGACACAGGGCAACCUGUGGGAUACAAAAUGAGUACGCCAUUGAUGGUUACAAUGCAUGGAGAGAUGCAAUAAAACCCACUGAAUUACUGACCAAGCUCUGUAAAGAACAUCGCUUAGAUGGACCUCACCUCAGGCCUGGGAGAAUUACCAUAGGGGACAAAGUAUUCACUGGAAAAACAGUCUUUGUAGAUGAAGAUCAAACAGUAGAAUCCUAUGAGCACCUAGCGCUGAAGAUUCUCCAUCGCUGGUCAGAAUUCCCUGAAGUUGGGUGUAAACUGGUCCCAGAACAUAUCGAGACUAGGGUCCUCUAUCACAAAGAAAAGCCUGGAAUGGAUCAGGGUCAAUUGCAGAUGUGGGUAGAUAUGUUUCCCAUGGAUAUGCCUGCUCCUGGGCCUUCGGUUGACAUAUCUCCACGGAAACCAAAAGGGUAUGAGCUGCGAAUUGUAAUCUGGAACACUGAAGAUGUGAUUUUAGAGGACACAAAUUUUAUCACAGGUCAACAGUCUAGUGAUAUUUAUGUCAAGGGGUGGCUGAAAGGCCUUGAGGAUGACCGACAGGAGACAGACGUUCACUACAAUUCGCUGACGGGAGAAGGCAACUUCAACUGGCGCUUUGUGUUCCCAUUCAACUACUUGCCUGCCGAGAAGGUGCUGGUGGUCAACAAAAGAGAGAACAUCUUCUCCCUGGACAAGACCGAGCGCAAGCUUCCAGCCGAGCUUGUGCUGCAGGUCUGGGAUUUCGAGAGACUGUCUUCUGACGACUUUUUGGGAACCGUUGAACUGGACCUACAUGGAUUCCCAAGAGGAGCCAAGUCUGCCAAAGGGUGCACUUUGGACAUGCUGAAGGACACCACAGAGAAGAUCUCCAUUUUCCAGCAGAAACGCUCAAGAGGCUGGUGGCCCUUUGUUAAAUCUAGUGAACUUACAGGAAAAGUGGAAGCUGAAUUCCAUCUGGUGACCGCCGAGGAGGCGGAGAAGUAUCCUGUCGGCAGAGCCCGCAAAGAGCCAGAGCCCUUGGAGAAACCCAACCGACCAGACACAUCAUUUUCCUGGUUUAUGAAUCCGUUCAAGUGCUUCUUCCACUUGAUCUGGAAGAAUUACAAGAAGUACAUCAUCAUCGCCCUUGUCCUGUUGAUAACUGCUCUGUUCAUUGCUUUGCUCCUGUACACUCUUCCUGGUGCCAUUUCCCAAAAGAUUGUCAAUGGUUAGACUCUGCUUGCUGCCCGUGGAAGGAUCCACAUCUGCAUGCACAGACGUACCCCACUAUCUCAACCAACCCAUGAAAACUAGUUUCAUUUAAGCAUCGGCAUUCAAGCAAAUCACAUUUUCUUUCUUUUAUCUGCAGAUCUGAUGUAUAUUAACUGUUUUUGUUUUGCAAAUAUGAUUUGGAACAAACUUCUGUCUCAGCACUGAAAAAAACGUACGCCAUUCUAUUUUCCAUUCUGAAAGCUGAUAGGCAACAUGGCUAAAGACCAAAGGACCGAUGCAGAGACAGAAGUCUUUGUAGUCUUUACAUUUUUUCUAAUUUUGGAUUCGUUAUUAUACCAACUUCACAAUUUGUUCAAAGCAGAGAAUAUAGCUUCUAAGUAUUUUUGCAUUUUUGUGUUCUGGCCGACGAUGAAUAACAUUGUUUCAACUAGUUGUUUUAUGCAUUUUUGCAAUAAAGGUGAAUUCUUGGAA